UAGUAGGAAUUUAUUUUCAGCGCCAUUGUGAAAUUAUCACAGCACUCACAUUUGCAGAGCCUAUAUAUACAUCGUCUCUCACAGGAAAGUUCAAACAAUUUGUGAGUUGUACUUACAAAUUUAGUUGACCAGAGAUAGAUGGAUGCCAUGUUUUCUUGCCUUUUGUUUCUCAUAACCAUUCUCUCUUUAUUUGCAGGGAGAGGCAAUGCGGAGAAAGCGCAGGCAUUGUUUGUGUUUGGAGACUCAUCUGUGGACACAGGAAAUCACGAUCCAUACAAUCAAAGCGUAAACCAGCCAUGGAGACGACCCUACGGUUUGACCUGGCCUGGUUAUCCUACAGGCAGAUAUGCUUCUGGAAAAAUGCAGACAGAUUUUUGGGGGGAUAUUUUAGGGCUUCCUGCUCCCAUUCCUUAUGAGCUGCUGAAAAGUCACGAGUGUAAAGCAAAUGCGGAGAAGAUUAGACAAGGCGUGAAUUUUGCUGUAGGAGGCAGUGGAAUAUUUCGAGACUACGGUUUCACAACAGUACCGCAGCAGGUGAAGCAGUUUAAAAAGCUGAUUGGAGGAAGUCAGGGGUUCGAUUCUCACAAGCUCUCGCAGUCUGUAGUUCUUAUGUCUGUGGUUGGUAACGACUACGGUGCAUUCCUAAAUAUAAAUAAUGGCUCCAUUAAGGGACUGGUCGAUCUGGCGAAACCUGUGGUAAGCGGGAUAAUUGACGCUGUGACAGAGUUGUAUGAAAGCGGGCUUAGGAAUUUCGCAGUGAGUAAUAUCUUGAGUUUUGGGUGUAUGCCUCAGAACGGCAGAACAUCCUGCAUUUCAACCUACGAUAACAUCACAGCUCUUCAUACUAGAUUAUUAAGGGAGGGGGUAGAAAGCCUGAGGUCGAAUUUCAAGGAAAUAUCCAUCAUAAUUUCAGAUUUCGUGACUGCAACUAAUUAUGUUAUCUCUAAUCAUCGACAAUAUGGUUUUGUGGAUUUGCUCGUUCCUUGCUGUGCUGCAAAAGGUAGGGUUGAUAUGUGUGCAGAAGUGGACAAAGUAGGCAGGCCUUUAUUUGAAGUGUGUUCAAACGUAGAUGAAAAGUUCUACUUGGAUUUUGGCCAUCCAACACAGAGAGGAUGGCAUGCGAUAAUGUCGCUGUACAGCAAUGGAGUGAAAGGGGAUAAUAAAACAAUGAGUUUUAUAGAGGGGGCGCCAAAUAUUAUUGCGUGGCUACACUCAAUUGGAUUCGUUGCUUACAAUGUCUCCUCCCAAGCAUAAACCAACGAACGUCUUUACCUAAAUAAACCUUUGUGGGCAUUUCUUGAUUCAAUGAAUGGUUUUUAAAAGAAGCUAGAAUUUUCCGAGAGCUGAAAUUAUUAAACAGAUUGUUUUGACAGGUACCAUUUUUUCUUCCAAAAGAGUAUUACUGAAUGUCAUUUCAUUGAUUUGGACGUUUUAACUCAAAGGAAUAAGAGAAAAUAGCAAUUGAAUUGACUUUUUAUUUAA